GGUCUUUAAUCAUUAUUUCUAGGCGUAAUGGUACUUAAUUUGUACCAGUUUAUCAUUAACGACAGUCGGAUUAAGGCCAAUUAAAGCGAAGGCGGUAGUGAGUGGUCUGUACCGUGGCUCUGUUGAUUAUGAAGUAACAGAUAUAUAUUAGAUCUAGAUUGAUCAGACCGCAUCGAUAAGAGAGAGACGCAGUUGACUCAGUCCAACACGAUUUCGAUUUCAAAAGUUACUAGUGUUCAGCUUGUCGCGAACGAUGGAAGAACUGACGAAACAACCGCUGAAACUGACUGAUAAUUAGUCGCUUAUUGCAACCUUCGUGUGUCGUUAAGUAGAUACGAGAAUAGAACAGUGGAAAAAAAACAGUGGUAAAGUAAUAAAGAUUAAAUAAAUUAUUUCGAACUGUCAGUCGAAGUGAAUCGUGCGAUCGCGGUGAGUGUAUAGACGUAUCGAUGUCCGAGUGACCUGAAAUUAAGAGUAUUCAAUAAAGAGGAAACUACUUGUUGGAUUCGUCGUUGAAGGCUAAAGCUUCGGAAUCUCACCAGAAGAAAUAGGGCAGCAGUUCCAUUCUCGUCUCACAUGGCUGCAACCACGAGUAUUGGCGUGCUAAAGGAAGCGGGACCAAGGGGUGAGAUUGUGACGCAAGUCUCGUCUUCCCAGGACAAACAUCACGAUGAACAAAUGACAAAGCGAGAACGGACUCAAUGGAGGCAAUGGCUAGCAUGUAUAUCAGCGACUCUAUCCAUGGUAGCGGUCGGCACUGUCUACGGAUGGACCACCACAUCUCUCUCACGACUCACAUCCGGCGCAAGCGACGUCCCAAUAAAAAUAACCGAUAAUCAGGGCUCAUGGAUCGUAUCGUUGACGGUAAUCGGCUCAAUGAUCGGCCCGUUCCUCGGUGCCAGUCUUGCCGAUCGAUACGGUCGUAAGAAAUGCCUUCUGUUUGCAAGUGGUUUCUUCAUCGUCGGCUGGACAAUCGUCUUCUUCGCCCAGACUGUAGUUGCUCUUUACGUUUCAAGGAUGAUUCUCGGCAUUGGCGUGGGCAUCUCGUACACUACUAAUCCGAUGUACGUAUCGGAGGUCGCUGACGUCGAAAUUAGAGGUGCCCUCGGUACUCUGAUCGCCGUGAACGUGUUCACCGGUUCCUUGCUGACAUGUAGUAUUGGUCCGUGGGUAUCGUACCAUGUUUUGACGGGUGUACUUCUCGCGGUACCUAUCAUAUUCGUGGCAUGCUUCUCUUGGUUCCCCGAGACUCCUGCCUUUCUCGCGACUAGGGGUCGUAGAGCAGAAGCAACUAGGUCACUGGCGUUCUUUAAAGGAAUUCGCGAUCGCGACGAAGCAAGGAGAGAAUUAGAAUACACUUUACGUAACGUUUUUAUCGAAGACGUUUGCGAUAAUACUCCAGUGACCGGCCCUGGAGCUCGAACGGAACCCGUUAAGCGCAGCUGGAUGGGAAAACUGAAGUUGAUGCUGUUGCCCAGUAACGCCCGAGCUCUCGGCAUCAUACUCAGUCUAAUUGCUACGCAGCAACUCAGUGGAAACUUUAGCACUAUACAGUAUCUUGAAGUACUCUUCAAGAAAGCGGCGAUCGGCAUCGAUUCCAAUGUGGCUACGAUACUUGUGCUCACGGUCGGCCUCAUCUCGUGCGGAUUAUCAACUGCGACCGUUGAAGGCGCGGGCAGACGUCCAUUACUGAUCGCCUCCACCCUGGGUUCUUCCGUUACCCUGGCGAUUCUUGCGAUAUACCUUAUGCUAGACGAAAGAGGCAUCGACGUAUCAGCAGCAAAUCUUCUUCCAGUGAUCGAUGUGAUCAUCUUCCAGGUGGCCUACCAGAUCGGAUUGGGUACUCUACCAAACGCGUUGAUGGGAGAAUUAUUUCCUACUGAGGUGAAAGCGUUCGCCGGUGCCAUUAUCAUCGUUUUCGACGGUGUGCUUGGUUUCAUCGUAUCCAAACUGUAUCAGGUGAUUGGCGACUGGUUGGGCGCCGACACCGUUUAUUAUUUCUUCGCGGGAUCGUGCUUACUGGCAUUCGUGAUGGUGAUAUUCACCGUACCCGAGACCAAAGGUCGGACGUUCCGCGAAAUUCAGGAACUUUUAGGAGGUAGCGAGAAGAAAAAAGAGGUCACUGAAUGUUUGCAGAAUCGAAACAGUAUGGCAUGACAAAAAGGAACAUAUCGCACCUCUUACUGGACAUGGUGCGAAUUUACUAAGGAGAUAACGUCAUCGGACGUUCUUUUCAAAGCAACGGACAUUAAAACGGCGAUUACUUACUCUCAACUGUAUAUAAAAUGUACGUUUGCACAUAUUUCUGGCUACAAAAAACAGGACGCAAAUGUGAAAUCACCUUUACCCAUUUACCGCGAUUUUUCUCGUACCUGUCAUCAAGAAAUAAAGUGGUUUUUAUUAAUAUCGUUCUUGCUGCAUAAAUUCAUCCCGAUAGUUUCAUUCGUGUUCCUUCAACUGUAAGUAUUUUUCGUCAGUAUUCCCAAGGUUAUAUAUUUGUUGUGAAAUAUAACAUUUAUUUAUUAAAACUUCGUUAUGAAGAACAAUCGUUAUACAGCUUUUAUCGUUUUUUCAUGUCGGAUGUUAGGCGAAUUGGAUAUUUAACGGGACGUCAGACUUCAGAAUUUCUCAUACAUAUAAGAUAAAAUAUUUAAGUAAGGAAAACUGUGUAAGAGAGAAAUGAAAAUAAAAAGGACUGGCAAGUAAAAAUUUCUAGUAAACACGUCGCAUCUCUUAUAUGACGAGCGUAAAAAUCAUAGCUAGACGACGGUUAAACAUUGAGAUGAAGAGAAAGAAAGAGAAAAAGGUGCUUGAAAAAUCACGAGAAUGUAUCGCAGUAAAGAACAAAAAGAAAGCGUAAUGAGGAAUCCUUCAGAGUUCCAUAUAUAUUGUCGACAAAGACGAUUUUAACAUUUUCAUAACCACUGACUACACACACACACGCACGCACGCACGCACGCACGCACGCACGCACACACACAUUUUCUCAUGUUUUACAUACUGUUUUAUCUUAAAUAUUCUAUUAGAUGUCAUUCUUUAUAAAUAUAUAAUGUUCGCGAUAUUCUUUCGAACAACGUAAUCAGUGAAGUAAUUAUAUCUGCGCCAUUAUGAUAAGAUAGAAAAUAUACGCGCGUAUAUCUAGCCAUGGAGUUCAUAAAAUAAUCUUCAGGCGAUGCUUUUUCCUUGAUAAGUUUAGUGUUCAGUCGAAGCUGUAAGUAAACAUUUCAAUUUAUGGAACAUCUGGCGUAUUUCGCUAGGAUUUCGCACAUGAACUUAUUAGACUUUAGCGCCGACGCGCAGCAAAUAGAAUAUAAAAACAGCAUUUUUUAAGAAACAUAUUUUAAAGUAAAUAAAACAAAGAAUUG